CUGCAGGAUUGUCCUGGAUUCGGUGCUCUGAAGGUUCGCAGACUCAAGGACGCCUUCGACAAGCCUUUCCGGCCCAGUGCUCAAUCUGCACCAUCCAUUGCACCCAAUUCUCCCCGUCUCCCUGAGAAGUCCUCGGUACCAGUACCCGCGGCACCUCGCCCACCUCGCGAGGCAAGCCCUGACUGGCCUGAGUGGGAUAUAGACCUCGACCUCAACUAA